GGUAUCAGUCGACGUCCCAAGGGCGACAAAGCCUCCAAGGCGCAAGAUGGCGGACGAAAUGGCGGUGGAAACAGCAAGCCCAAUAUCAAAAAGGCCGCGUUCGAUACAACGAAGAAGAAGGAGGUCGGAGUAUCGGAUCUUACUUUGAUUAGUAAGGUCUCGAAUGAAGCCAUCAACGAGAAUCUGCAGAAGCGAUUCGAGGCCAGAGAGAUCUAUACAUAUAUUGGCCAUGUGCUAGUUUCCGUCAACCCCUUUCAGGACUUGGGGAUCUAUACAGAAGACGUCCUAGACAGCUACAGAGGGAAGAAUCGAUUGGAGAUGCCACCACACGUUUUCGCCGUUGCCGAAUCUUCCUACUAUAACAUGAACGCCUACAAGGAGAACCAGUGCGUCAUUAUUUCCGGAGAAUCGGGAGCUGGGAAGACAGAGGCCGCAAAGCGCCUAAUGCAGUACAUUGCCAAUGUGUCUGGAGGCUCAAAUUCUUCGAUUCAGCAAACCAAAGACAUGGUUCUCGCAACGAACCCUUUACUGGAGUCGUUUGGAAAUGCAAAGACACUACGAAACAACAACUCGUCACGUUUCGGAAAAUACCUGCAGUUGCAGUUCAAUGCUCAAGGAGAGCCGGUUGGAGCCGAUAUCACAAACUACCUAUUGGAAAAGUCAAGAGUAGUGGGGCAAAUCAAAAAUGAGCGGAACUUUCACAUUUUCUACCAGUUCACGAAAGGAGCAUCCCAAGAAUACCGAACAAAUCUAGGAGUACAAAAGCCGGAGACGUAUGAUUAUACCAGCAAGUCGAAGUGUCUGGAUGUGGAUGGAAUUGAUGAUCUUGCUGAGUGGCGUGAUACUCUCAACGCCAUGAAGGUUAUUGGUUUAACACAAGCCGAGCAAGAUGAAAUAUUUCGAAUGCUGUCCGCUGUUUUAUGGACUGGCAACCUCCAAUUUAGAGAAGAUGAUGAUGGAAAUGCUGCGGUCGUCGAUCAGUCGGUGGUUGAUUUCCUGGCAUAUCUUCUGGAGGUUGACCCCCAGCAAAUCAUUAAGGCCAUUACGAUUCGAGUCCUCACACCACGAAGUGGAGAGAUCAUCGAGUCCCCGGCAAACCCUCCUCAAGCGAUAGCUACACGCGAUGCUCUAGCAAAGGCAAUCUACAUGAAUUUGUUUGAUUGGAUUGUGGAGCGUGUCAAUGUUAGUUUGAAGGCCCGCGGAACUACAGCACAUUCCAUUGGAAUUCUUGAUAUCUAUGGUUUCGAAAUUUUUGAGAAGAACAGUUUCGAGCAGCUCUGCAUCAACUACGUCAAUGAGAAGUUGCAGCAGAUCUUUAUUCAACUGACGUUGAAGACGGAGCAAGAGGAGUAUGAACGAGAACAGAUCAAGUGGACACCCAUCAAAUAUUUUGAUAAUAAGAUUGUGUGUGAUUUGAUCGAGUCCGUUAGACCUCCUGGUGUCUUUUCAGCUAUGAAGGAUGCCACGAAAACCGCACACGCAGAUCCCGCAGCAUGCGAUCGGACUUUCAUGACAGCUAUUAACGGCAUGUCAAAUCCUCAUUUGACGCCUCGCCAAGGUAACUUCAUCAUCAAGCAUUAUGCAGGUGAUGUUGCAUAUACUGUUGAGGGUAUUACCGACAAAAACAAGGACCAACUUCUCAAGGGCCUGCUUAAUCUUUUUGGCUCGAGCAGCAACCGCUUCCUCCAUGAAUUGUUCCCCAACCAGGUUGAUCAAGAUAACAGGAAGCAGCCCCCAUCAGCCGGAGAUAAAAUCAAGACUUCAGCCAAUGAGCUGGUGGCAACUCUGAUGAAAGCACAACCUUCGUAUAUUCGGACAAUCAAGCCGAACGAAAACAAGUCGCCGACUGAAUACAACGUGCCAAACGUUAUGCAUCAGAUCAAGUACCUCGGUCUUCAGGAGAACGUGCGUAUUAGACGUGCUGGAUUUGCGUACCGUCAGACCUUUGAUAAAUUCGUGGAACGAUUCUAUCUUCUGUCGCCUCAAACUUCAUACGCUGGUGACUAUACUUGGACCGGGGACUCGAAGACUGGAGCGAAACAGAUUUUGAAGGACACCAGUAUCCCCGCGGAAGAGUUUCAGAUGGGUGUUACCAAAGCUUUCAUCAAGGCGCCAGAGACUUUGUUUGCUUUGGAGCACAUGAGAGACCGAUACUGGCAUAACAUGGCUAUUCGAAUCCAGCGGGUCUGGCGAGCAUUCUUACGUAUUCGAAUUGAGGCAGCGACCAGAAUUCAGAGAGUCUGGAGGAAGAAGAGAGUCGGUGCCGAAUUUCUUCUGCUUCGAGAUAAGGGUCACAAACUCCUUCAAGGGCGGAAAGAAAGAAGAAGAUUCAGUCUUCUCGGCUCGAGGCGCUUUAUGGGAGAUUACCUUGGUACCAAUGCUACUAAUGGACCUGGGGCUCGAGUUCGUAAUGCGAUUAACAUGCCAUCUAAUGAGAAGGCGAUCUUCUCUUGUCGUGGCGAGAUUCUGGAGACCAAAUUUGGUCGGUCAAGUAAACCGGUGCCUCGAAUCAUAAUCUUGACGAGGAGCAAAUUCUACAUCAUAGCCCAGCAUCUUGUUAACAAACAGGUUCAGAUCCAGGUUGAGAAGGCCAUUCCACUUGGCGCUAUCAAAUUCGUUGGCAUCUCAACAUGUCGAGAUGACUGGUUCUCACUGGGUGUAGGCUCUCCACAAGAAGCCGAUCCACUGUUGAAUUGUGUGCUGAAGACUGAACUUUUCACGCAUAUGCAAGCGUCAAUGCCUGCCGGGUUCAACUUGAAGAUUGGCGACUCAAUUGAGUAUGCCAGAAAGCCGAACAAAAUGCAGUUGGUGAAGGUUUUAAAAGAUCGGGAUGCUGCCAAACCACCUGUAUCGGAGGAUUUCUACAAGAGUGGAGCAAUCCACACACAACCGGGAGAACCACCAGGCUCGGUUUCGCGGCCAAUGCCAAAGGGGAAGCCAGUAGCUGCUAAACCAUUCACGAAAGGCCGACUCAUCAAGCCCGGUGGACCAGGCGGACGUCCUUCCAGAAUUACCAAUAAUUCAAAUAGGAACACAACGCCUGUAUCUCGCGGCCCAGCAGUUUCUCAAGCCAGAAGCGUUCCCCAACCUCCACCUGCGCUUCAAAAAUCCGUCGCAACCCACAACGUCCCAAACCACACUCGAAAUUCUUCCUCAACCUCUUCUGCAAGAGUCGUGCCGCCGCCUCCACCACCACCCGCUCCUCCUGCAGCGCCACGAGAAAAACAAUACCGUGUUCUCUAUGAUUUUGGUGGCCAGAGUGCAAAUGAAAUCACUCUGAGGAAGGAUGAACUUAUAACCGUUAUCCAAAAAGAGAAUAACGGUUGGUGGCUAGCCAAAACCCCCGAUGGCCAAGGCUGGGCCCCUUCCGCCUACCUCAAAGAAGAAGCCCCGGCACCCCUCCCUCCACCACCACCCCCCGUCGCUUCCCGGCCCAUGCCGCCUCCUCCCCCAGCCAGCAAUGGCAUUCGAAGCAAGCCUACACCUCCCGCGCCUCCUGCAAAGAGACCAGCAGCAGGCAGAAAACCGGCUCCACCACCAGCACCAAGGGAUUCGGCAAUGAGUAUGAACAGCAACGGGAGUGGAGGGGAUAGUGGGCGAAGUACCCCGCAGCCUACACCGGCUGGUCUGCAAGGGCUGGCGGAUAUCUUGAAGCAGAGGCAGAGUGCUGCGAGGGGGAGAGAUGAGGAUGAUGAUUGGUGA